GAGGUGGGAUUUUAGCUGGGACUUGAAUGAUGCCAGUCAAUCUGAGAAGCCAAGAUGAGAAGAGAGGGCAUUCUAAGCAUGGGGAACAGCCUGUGAAAAUGCCUGGUGUCUGUAGAUGGAGUGUCUUGUUUGAGGAACAGCGGAGAGGCCAGUAUCACUGGAUCACAGAGUACGUGAGAGAUAAGGGGAAGGAACAAGGUACAAGAAGUCUGGAAAGUGCAGGCAGAAUCUCUUGAGCGCCAGUAGAUUCUCCACAUGCUUCUGGAUACGUGAGCUCCACAGUCUGGAGUAAAGAAGAUGCCUUCACAUACAAGCAUAGCUUGAGGGUGAGAACCCCUUGGAAACUUCACCUUGGAAAUCUAAUUCCAGUCAGCUAACUGAAAAGAAGGCGAAGGCUGAGGCAGAGGCAGAGAAUCAAAUCACGUCCUUCCUAGCUGUGGCCUUGAGAAAAUGGCCUGGACAUCUCAUGUCAGGCUUCUUUUUGUCAUCUCUUUGGUCUUACAAGUCAUCCUGGGAAACGGUUUUGAUCAAAAAGAGAAACCCAAAAGCAACGGAGGAGAACACAUUAAUACAACGGUCCAAAAGCAACAGCCCCUAAAUCACCACACUACUUUGAAUAUCAUCAGUGAGCUGAACAGGAGUUCUGAGAGCCCCAAACAGCUCCGUUCUGGGCCAUUUAUACCUUUUAUUGGGUUUAGAGAUGGUACCAAACCCUGCUGUCAAAAUGGAGGGACCUGUAUCCUGGGCAGUUUUUGUGUAUGUCCAAUGCAUUUUGUUGGGAGAUACUGUGAACAUGAUGAACGAAAAAGCAACUGUGGUGUCUUUGCCCAUGGAGACUGGGUCUACAAGGGCUGCUACCUCUGUAGAUGUAUCUAUGGGAAGCUUCACUGUUUCAGAGACCCAACAUUAAACAACUGUGACCCGAAAGAAGAAUUUAUCAAGUUACAUUCUAAAGGAUCAAGAUUACAAUAUACCCUGUGUUCUCUCCUUCUCCUUCCUUGCUUUCUCCUGCAAUGGAUAGUUCUACAGAAAACUUCAUCUUUGGUCCCAUAGAGAUGAAUGGAAAGAUGUUUUGUCAAACAAGAAGCACCUUCCUUUGAAUUUGGGGGGACUUGCCUUUUUACCCUUUAAUCUUAAGGAGUAAGAAACCCCCUGAGAGAUAAUACUUUAGUUUUUAUAUGUUGUUGCUUCAAGUGGAAAAGCUUAAAGCAUAUUGCAUAUCAUAAAUUAUUAUUUGUUUCAGAGUUAUACUGACGUGGUAAGUGAAUAGUUUAUUAUUAUUUUUAAUAAAGCAUAACCUAUUUGAAAA